GCGGGGGAGCCCCUUGGUGACGCGGGCAGGGCGGGGCGAGCGGCUCCGUGAUGGCGGCCGGGCUGCAGCCGCGACGACUCCGGGGCCCUGCGUGGCGGCAGGCGGCGGGACUUCCGCGUUGCUCCUGAGGGAAGCGCCCGGGCUUUGCGCUGAUGGGGAGCGGCGGUUGCGGGAGAGGGCGGCAGCAGCGGCAGCAGCGCUUUUGAGCGAGAGGCGGGGGGAGGAAGCCGAGCCCAGCCUCGCUUGCAGGGGGCUGAGACCCACCGUCGGGCCGGCCGGCUCGCUCGGGGGGAUGUGGCGCUGGAUCCGUCAGCAGCUGGGUUUUGACCCACCACAUCAAAGUGACACCCGGACUAUUUAUAUAGCAAAUCGUUUUCCCCAGCAUGGCCAUUAUGUUCCUCAGAAGUUUGCAGAUAACAGAAUCAUCUCCUCUAAGUAUACUGUGUGGAAUUUCGUUCCCAAAAAUUUAUUUGAACAGUUCAGAAGGAUAGCCAACUUUUAUUUUCUUAUUAUAUUUUUGGUUCAGCUUAUGAUAGAUACUCCCACAAGUCCUGUGACGAGUGGACUGCCAUUGUUUUUUGUAAUCACUGUGACAGCCAUAAAGCAGGGUUAUAUAGACUGGUUACGGCAUAAAUCAGACAAUGAAGUGAACGGAGCUCCAGUUUACGUCGUUCGCAGUGGUGGCCUUGUGAAAACCAGAUCAAAGAACAUUCGGGUAGGGGAUAUUGUCAGAGUAGCCAAAGAUGAAACUUUCCCCGCCGAUCUCGUGCUCCUGUCCUCUGAUAGAGCGAAUGGCUCCUGUCACGUUACAACGGCAAGCUUGGACGGAGAAACGAAUCUUAAGACUCACAUUGCAGUCUCCCAAACGGCAGUAUUGCAGUCAGUUGCCAACCUGGACAAACUUGACGCUGUUAUAGAGUGCCAGCAGCCAGAAGCAGAUCUCUACAGAUUCGUCGGAAGGAUAACCAUAAACCAGCAGAUUGAGGAAAUAGUGCGACCUCUCGGACCUGAAAAUCUCUUACUUCGAGGAUCAAGAUUAAAAAACACGAAAGAAAUCUUUGGUGUUGCGGUGUACACAGGAAUGGAGACCAAGAUGGCAUUAAAUUACAAGAGCAAAUCACAGAAACGAUCAGCAGUGGAAAAGUCUAUGAAUUCCUUUUUGAUCAUCUACCUAAUCAUCCUCCUCUUUGAAGCCAUCUUAAGUACGAUAUUGAAGUACGCCUGGCAGUCUGAAGAAAAAUGGGACGAGCCUUGGUAUAACCAGAAAACAGAACGCGAAAGAAAUAGCAGUAAGAUCUUGAGAUUUAUUUCAGAUUUCCUUGCUUUCAUGGUACUGUACAACUUCAUCAUACCCAUUUCGCUUUACGUGACGGUCGAGAUGCAGAAGUUUCUGGGCUCUUUCUUCAUCGGGUGGGAUCUGGACCUCUAUCACGAAGAAACAACCCAGAAGGCCCAAGUCAAUACUUCGGACCUAAAUGAAGAGCUGGGGCAGGUGGAGUAUGUGUUUACAGACAAAACCGGCACAUUAACGGAAAACGAGAUGCAGUUUCAGCAGUGUUCCAUUAACGGUGUCAAGUACCAUGAGAUCAAUGGCAAACUGGUUCCAGAAGGACUGAUUGAGGACAUUCCAGAUGGAAUAAGACCUGGUCUGGCGCCAGAGGAGGAACUCUUCCUGAAAGCUGUUUCUCUCUGUCACACAGUGCAGAUUAAUAAUGACCAAGCCGAUGGCCUUUGCGACAAUCCUUGGCAUACCAACAGCAUAGCCUCUCAGCUGGAGUACUAUGCCUCUUCCCCGGAUGAGAAGGCUUUAGUUGAAGCUGCCUGCAGGAUUGGUGUGGUGUUUACUGGAACCGAUGGACAAAGUAUGGAGAUAAAAAGCCGUGGGCGUCCAGAAAGGUACAAAUUAUUACAUGUCCUGGAGUUUGACCCCUGUCGCAGAAGAAUGAGCGUCAUUGUAGAGAGUCCAUCAGGUAACAAGCUGUUAUUCACCAAGGGGGCAGAAUCCGCUAUUCUUCCUUACAGUACAAGAGGAGAAAUAGAGAAAACAAGAGUUCACGUAGAUGAAUUUGCUUUGAAAGGGUUAAGGACUCUGUGUGUGGCCUACAGAAAAUUCACGGCCCAGGAGUACAAGGAGGUAGCCCAGUGCCUUUACAAGGCAAAAACGGCCUUGCAGCAGCGGGAAGAACGGCUGGCAGAAGCGUUUAACUUUAUAGAGAGAGACCUGGAGUUGCUGGGAGCCACGGGCGUCGAAGACAAGCUCCAAGACAAAGUGCAAGAAACCAUCGAAGCCCUGCGGCUGGCGGGCAUCAACGUGUGGGUGCUCACCGGUGACAAGCACGAGACGGCGGUCAGCGUCAGCUUAUCCUGCGGGCACUUCCACCGGACCAUGAACAUCCUGGAGCUCGUCCAGCACAAGUCCGACAGCACCUGCGCAGAGCAGCUGAGGCAGCUAGCCAGGAGGAUAAAGGACGACCAUGUAAUCCAGCACGGGCUGGUAGUGGACGGGACCAGCCUGUCCCUGGCCCUCAGGCAGCACGAGAAGCUCUUCAUGGAGGUCUGUCGAAAUUGCUCUGCGGUGCUGUGUUGCCGCAUGGCGCCUCUGCAGAAGGCAAAGAUUGUGCGACUGAUAAAAACGUCUCCGGAGAAGCCGAUCACGUUAGCCAUUGGUGAUGGGGCUAAUGACGUUAGCAUGAUCCAGGAAGCCCACGUUGGCAUAGGUAUCAUGGGCAAAGAAGGACGGCAAGCUGUGCGAAACAGUGACUAUGCAAUAGCGAGGUUUAAAUUCCUCUCUAAGCUACUUUUUGCCCACGGCCACCUUUAUUAUAUUAGAAUAGCAACCCUUGUACAGUACUUUUUUUACAAGAAUGUGUGCUUUAUUACACCCCAGUUUUUAUAUCAGUUCUAUUGUUUGUUUUCACAACAAACGCUGUAUGACAGUGUAUACCUGACUUUGUACAACAUUUGUUUCACUUCCUUGCCGGUCCUCAUGUACAGUCUUCUUGAACAGCAUGUGCACCCUCACGUGCUGCAGAGCAAGCCAGCGCUCUACCGAGACAUUAGUAAAAAUGCCCACUUGGGCUUCAAGCCUUUCCUUUACUGGACCUUCUUGGGAUUUGUUCAUGCGUUUGUUUUCUUCUAUGGUUCCUACCUUCUGAUGGGGGAAGACACAUCUUUGCUGGGAAACGGCCAGAUGUUUGGAAAGUGGACGUUUGGUACUCUGGUAUUCACAGUUAUGGUGAUAACUGUUACGAUGAAGAUGGCUUUAGAGACUCAUUUCUGGACUUGGAUCAAUCAUUUUGUUACCUGGGGCUCCAUUGCGUUUUACUUUGUAUUCUCCUUGUUCUACGGGGGAAUUAUAUGGCCGUUUUUGCACACCCAAAACAUGUACUUUGUCUUCGUCCAGCUGCUGUCCAGCGGCUCCGCCUGGUUUGCCAUAAUCAUCAUCGUGGUCGCAUGUCUGUUCCUCGACGUUGUGAAAAAAGUGCUGUACAGACACCUGCAGCCCACGUGUACAGAAAAGGCCCAGCUUACUGAGACAGGCACAGGUCUCAGCUGCUUGGACUCCGUGUGCUGCGUCUCAGACGGGGAAACAGCGUGCGCAUCUCUUAGAAGAAUGUUGGAACGAGUGAUGGGAAGGUGCAGCCCGGCCCGAGUCAACAGAUCAUGGAGCGCUUCGGAACCAUUCUAUACCACCGACCGCAGCAUCUUGACGCUAUCCACAAUGGACUCGGUCACAUGUUGAGGCUUUUCUCAGUGUCUUCUGGGAAAUACAUGUGGCUCGCACCUCUGUCUUGAGUUACAAGCGGGCUGAAGACCGCUUCCCCCCCUUUUGGCAAACGUAACAGCCUCAAGUAGGGCACCGUAAGAAUGGAAAUGGAAACUUUCCCCAAAAGGGUUAGAGAGAAGAUUUGUAGGUGCCUGUUAUUUCAGGGUUGCCAUGCCAACUGCUUGAGUGGAAUGAGUGACAUUUUGCUUGACACAUCACCAUAAGGCGAUGUCCAAGACGUCCCACUCAAAAACUGCAGGUUGGAAGGACCCAAGUAUCUGUUGAUAACACUCGCCAUUGGCAAAACCACUUACUGACAUAGGCUGGUAGACCUGAGGACACGCUUGCUUUUCCAGGGUCAAGUCAACCGCGGAUAGUAUCUUAAGAGUCCCUAAAAAAAGAGAAAGAGAGGUGAACUGCAGUCCAAAUAUUCAUAGCCGACAUGAAGAUAAUCAAGAUCACCAUGAGUUAAUACCAGGAUUCUUAAAAGUAGCAAGUUCAUCUCCACUCAGUGGGAACUGAAUAUUCCUCAUGGAGAGGUUUCGAACAGGGCGAAACUCAAAAAAGCCAAGUUGAAUUAAUUCUAGUCUCACUCCCCAAGCUUUAUGAUGUUUUUUAAAAAAUUGCAUUGGUCUUUUUGUUGGGGAAAGAGCUGUACAUCUUUUAUUUCUCUGAAUAUAUUUAACUGGACUGGACUCUUGGUGAGAGUUUCCACAUUACUCUCCUUAUUUUUUUGCCAGGGGUUGCAAAACGAAUCAAAAUCCACGUCACUCAGAGCUGGGUAGGAGCUUGUAUUACAACAUACAGCCACCAAGCAAAAAGAGUCUGUCUUUGGGCGCCCACAACUGCCUCUGUACAUGCUCCGUAGGUUCCCUGUAGGUCCCCCAAAUUUGCCGCAUCUCUCACAUGAUGUCCGUUGAAAGAAGAUGUGUGACACGAAUGCCUAGCAUCCCAUUUUCCUGCUGCCACUUUGUGGGGUGCCGUUUGUGAGGGAUAGGGAAAUCCCCAGAAUCACAUCAUGUCCUGCGUCUACUUUCAUUGGACAUUAUCCAGUAGCUAUGCAUCCCACAUAAUGCCACUCUUUGGGAGCCCUUCCUUCCCUCUCACAUUUGAGGGCCCCCUCUCUAGCAGUGCAGGAGAUUCCUUCCAAAACAUGUUUCAGUUGCACACAAAGCACGUGACGGAAUUUCCGGAUUGAACACAUGAAGCUGCCUUAUACUGAAUCAAACUAUUGGUCCCAUCCAGGUCGGUAUUGUGUGCUCAAGCUGGCAGUGGCUCUCCGGGGCCUUAGGUCCAGGUCUUUGGAAUCACCUACUUAACUGAUCCUCGAAGUGGAGAUGCUGAGAAUUGAACCGGAGACCUUCUGUGUGCCAAGCAGGUGCUCUGCCUCUGAACCACAGCCCCUCCCCAGUUCAGCCACAUAUGUGCAGUGUGUGAAAGGCCUUGGAGUUAGUUUUUCACAUGGCCUUUUUUUCCUAGGUGAAGGAAUAAUUCCGCUCGUUUCGACCCAGAGCCCUGUAAAAUAUGUCUGACUAGGUCUCUCACACAACUUCUGGUCAAAGCGGUGGCGCUUUCAUGGGGAAACGUCCCAGUUGAUUGUGUCCCUGGGGAUCUGGGAUCUGCUGCGUUACAUCACUUUCUUGGUUUCAUUUCCCUCCCUGCGCCACAAAAUGUUUUUUAAAAAGGGACCCAUUUCUCCACGAAUCACUCAUCCAUCCAUCCAUCCAUAUUGUUGCCAUGUUUGUUUGUUUUAUUUUUAUUUUUCAAGCAAACUGAGGAGAAGCUUGAGGCUUGGACAGUAACCCAGCUCCAAGCAUUUCUUCAAAUUGGGAUGUGUGUGGUGUUCUCAUUUUGCUUAAAGACUCAGAAGUGGAAUAUUUUUGUACCAAAGAUGCACAGUUCUUACGGGAAGGUGAUUGACCUUUCUGUUCUGUUUUUAAACUUCCCGUAUCUCUUCCCCUUUCUCCUCCCCUCCUCAGUGUAUGUAAGGGGACCGAAGACGCAUGCAUUUAAACACGGUCAGGAGGAGUAUAAGAAUCCAUCUGUCUGAGGCAGGUAUCAUUUUCUACCUGAGAGACAUCAAAUACGAUUAAGGGUUUAUUUCAUUGUAUCAUCGGCCUUUGUAUGAUAAACAGAAAUGCUGGUCAAAUGGAAGCUGAGCAAAUAUAUUUUGUACCGGACUGCUAAUACUUCCAUAAUUUCACCUGUUAACAAAAUGUUUUUUUGUGUACUUCGGUAACUCGAUUUGUUUUGUUUUAGGUUCAGUCGUAGGCAGACUUAUGGGCAGAGCAAAAGGAAUCAUUGAACUCAGUGUGGAGUUAAUGAAUCACAACGUAGUGAACUCAAUAAUGGUAACUGUGACGCAAAG